UGUGUAUCUCAGGUGUUUUCUUACAGCGAAACACUGCGCUGCACAUGAGCGAACAUCACAGGGGGAGCCGUGAGUUAGAGCAGAACUUUACACGGCGACUGGAGAAGAAAGAGAGAUUUGACAGGAAAUAAUGGUGGCACUUUACAUCAAAGCAAAAUUUGAAAUAAUUAACCCGCUGACAGUUCAGUGUGAUUUCCAUUUGAUCUGCAGCCGAGCGCCUGCUCGUCAUUCCCUGCCGCGUUCGGGGCUUUGCUCCUCGCUCGCAGCCGGCACACGCUGGGGCUCAGUGCUGCAUGCCCAGCCCUGCGCCUGGGAAGAGCGAGCGCUGCUUUUGAGUCACUGCGACCUGAUUAAUGAGAAGUGGGUUACACAUGCUGAAGCGAGCGUACGUGUACUCUCACGCGCUCGCUCUCAUUGAGCGGUCGGUCCCGCCGCCCGCCGUGAGCUCCCUGCUGGCAUCGCUGUGCCCAGAGCCCUUAAAUGAGGGAGGGCUGGGUCCCCUGGGCCGGCUCCCCCGGCUGCUCCUGAUGGAGAUGGAAGGAUGGGAGGACACCCGUACUGCUCUUCUCGCGUGCAGCCUUGGCUUUGAUGUUGCUCUCGCUGUCUGUGCUGUUACCACGUGGGCAGCAGGAAGGGGAGCAGGUGGCUGGGGCGUCCUGCGAUGCCAUUUGGGGUGGCAGGGAGGUGGCAGUGUCCUGUCCCGGUGCUGAUGGGGUUGGGAGUGUCGCUGGGUCGGACGUGGCUGGGCUGAUGAGUGUUGCUCCGCAGUUUGUGAAAGGGGUUGGUCGUGCUGCCCGUGCUCUCCUGCUUUCUAACUCUCUCUGUCUCUAUCUGCAGGUCAGGUUGCCCGCUAGGAAGCCAUGCUUGGAUGUUGAUAGCCAUGUUCCACCUCGCCAUGGACCUUGCCAGCUGCGAGCCUGCCGGGACCCGUCUCUCGCCACGGUCGGCACAGCGGCACAGACUGCCCCGUGGUGUGCUGUGGAGCACGGGGGGCAGCGAGGAGCCCCGGCGCCCCAGCCCCCCCUGGCCGUGUGCCCCCCGCGCCCGCCGCCCGCCCCCUGUCCCCCUGCCCCGCACCCGGCGACAGCUGCGGGGCCGUGGCUUCGCCCCACGUGAUGGGCGGCCCACGGCGCUGCCCGAGGUCAUCGUCUGGGGCCCCACGGGUGAGGAGGACUCCCUGGAGAGCAGCACGCUGCCCAGCAUCUUCACCACCGCCGCCACCACCACCAUCACCACCACCACCGCCGCCGCCACCACCGCCGCCACCACCGUUGCCACUGCACCAACCCCCAGCAGCCCAGCUCCCACACCCGCCAUCGAGGAGCCCCGUGGGCGCCCCAGCACCGCUGAGCCAGCUGCCGGCCACAGCAGUGGUGGAAAGGACGCACGUCCACCCCGUGGCCUGGGGGACACAGCAGGUCUGGCAGUCCAUCAGAUCAUCACUAUCACCGUGUCCCUCAUCAUGGUCAUAGCUGCUCUGAUAACAACUCUUGUCUUAAAAAACUGCUGCACGCAGAGCGGGGCCGCGCGGCGCAACAGCCACCAACGCAAAAUCACGCAGCAGGAGGAGAGCUGCCAGAACCUGACCGACUUCACCCCAGCCCGCGUGCCCAGCAGCCUGGACAUCUUCACAGCCUACAACGAAACGCUGCAGUGCUCCCAUGAGUGUGUCAGGACGCCGGUGCCUGUGUACACGGAGGAGGCAUUGCACUCGCCUGGAGAUUACAAAGCGACCUUCAAUGGAAACAGACCCUCUUCUUCUGAUCGGCAUCUUAUUCCUGUGGCCUUUGUGUCUGAGAAAUGGUUUGAAAUCUCCUGCUGACUGGCCGAAGCCUGUUUUACUUCCCGGGCAGGGCAGACGCCGUCUGGCUGUUUCCUGGAUUCCAUUGGUGAACCUGUAAAAAAAUUUAAAAAAUAAUGGGUUACCUGUACCUACCAUUUCUGUUUACCAGUAGGAGACUCAAAGAGCAGCGUUCUAUGGGCCAAAUAUAUUUUUAUAGAAAUGAACACGCCUAUAGGUAACUGCGUUUCUCAAAGAGUGCAUUGUUUCGUUUUGUUUUGGAGAAGAGAAAAGUGUGUGAGCAAAGAAUCCCACGAAGGAAGAGGAGACCGAGAAGAGCUGAAAGGAGCAGGGCUGAGCAGCUGGAGCUUGGGAUACGGACUACGAUUCUGAACCUGUGCCAAUAAUACCAUUAUGUGCCAUGUACUGAUGCAAAAGACUUCGUGAGAAGCAGAAGCUAAGUCAGUAACACGCAGAAAUGCUACAGAGGACAGGGGAGGGGCGUCUCUUCCAAUGGGGUCAUUGAUACAUACAUACAUAUGAUAUAUAUACAGAGCAAAUAUAUACACACACAAAAAACACUUUUUUUGUACUGUAGCAAUUUUUGAAGAUCUUAAAUACUCAUUUUUAAAGAAAAUGUCAUGGGCUAAAAGUCUGAUUUCUUUAACAUGCAUAAUAUGACCUAGCUAAAGCGAUGUUUUCUACUUGGGCAGCUUGCCUUUCAAACCUAGAUGUGUAUAUAUAGAUAGACAUAUACAUAUAUAUAUGUGUGUGUGUAUGUAUAAGCAUAUAUAUGUAUGUAUACAUAUAUAGAUAGUUUUACUUUUCAUUCUGGAGGUGCGUUCCCAGCGGUGGGCGCGUGACGGGGCCGCGGUGGCAGUGGGUGCUCGCGCCGUGCGGCCCCGAUGCGAUGGGCAUGGAGAGCUUUGAAGGCGGGUCUGGAGCAAGAGCAGAAGGGAAAAGGGGUUUUCCAGCUGUUGGCAGCCUGAUCACGGUGGGGACGGCACUCGCAGGGGACAAAGUCGGGGUCCAGAGGGGUCUGCUGGCGUCCCAUCAUGAGAUGCUUCCCGCGGUGCUGAUCAGAGCGCGAAGGGCAGCGGAGUUCAGACCAAAGUCCUCCGGUUCUUUUUGUAACCCACCCUCCUGAGUGUGGACAGUUUUUUAGGAUUACCCAGACACGCGUUCCCAUCAUCCAAUAGAUCCUCAGCUCCAUUUCUUUUAUUCUCAGCGUGUUGUUCAGUGACAAGGCAAGCCGGCCCUUCUGGCGCUGCGCAUCGCCACGCAUGCAGCCGCUUCGUCCCGUAGCGUUCUCUGUCCUUUUCCGACGGGGUUCCGUAGCCUGGAGCAUUUUCCCCCAUCCUUAUGGGAGCCGCCCCGGGUAGAAGUCUUCCGUGCCAGAGGUGGAUGUGAACUGAGCAUCCUUGGGGGCACUGGCGGCGUUCCCUGUGGCUCCGGGGCAGCGGAGCAGCUCUGGAGCUGGACACAGGGUGACGCUGGGUCUGGAGGGUUUUGUUCCGUGGCUGAGCCGGUUCCUUCUGCAGCAGGGUCUCUGCAGGGCUCCCUGCCCCAGGCCUUUGUGUGUUGCUGAUGUGAGCGGUGCAGCUCGUGCCAAUGAUCCUCGCUAUCGCAUCGCUUCAGUUUUCCUUCUUUUUCUCACUUUGCUGGCACCGAUCCACUCCGGCUCUGCCAUCGUGUUGUGCUUUACCCAUUGAUCUUUCUAUUUAUUUGUAUCUACUGGCUGCACCGAGUCCUUCCCGUGGGUAUUCAGUGUAAUCUUGAUAGCAGUUUUGACAUCACAAAAUCUAUCUGAGUCCCUCGUUCCUGGCACCGGGAGCAUCGUGGUGUGCUCCUUCCCUUAGGGAGCCGCUGCCUGGAGCUCGGUCCGGUGGAGCCGUGGGAAAGGGGAUGUGUCUGUGUGUCUGUCCGUCAGGGAGCACAGUCAGACAGCUCCAACCCCAGGCAGGGCUCCAUUGCCACGAGCUUCCCCCGCUCUGCAGAAGGACACGGUCCCGCCGCCCCGAGGCUGCUCAGCGCUGAGCCAGGAGACAAAUGUAGAUGCACAAUCUUCCCUUAUUUAUAAGGACCAACAGCACUUGCACUUUAUCAGAGAAAUCCUCACAUCCCUAUGCAUGCCAAGCACACCAAGAAAAGGAACAACUGCCAGUAGGAAGGAAAGGAAGGGAGGGAGGAGCAGAGCUGUGAACGUGGUGGUUCACCAGGCAGGACUAAGCAUCCUGAUGUUUUUUUUGUAGUAAAGAGAAAUGAAACCAUGUUUAUUUCAUUCCCUGCUAUUGAUGAAAACCAAAAAAAAAAAAAAAA